ACUUAUUCUUAAAAAAGAGGAAGAUGCGGAAAACUUUAUUUUAAAAUAAUGAUCAAAUCAAUACCAUUUUAAAAGACAUCAUUUUUAUGUAUCCUACUUUAUCGAACAUAAUUUAAAAAAUAUAUAAUUUCGAUAAGUAAGUUUAAUUUUAAGUUUCGUAGAACGAAACGUAGCAUAAUCAAAAUGGCCGACUUGGAGACGUCAACCCAACAGCUGACCGGCGCAUUUUGACGUCAAAAUAUAGCGGCGAGUCCGAAACAAACACGUCAGUGGUUCGGUAUCAAAUAAUUAAUGUAAUAAUCUCAGACAAUACUACUAAUUCCAUUUGGAUUCAAUUAAAUCUUGCCUUGAAAAUCGUGUGAAGUUUAAUUCAUCAAAAUUUUGUGCUUUGAGCAUAAUCCAAGAUCAAUACAAUCGGGGUAUGGAAGCAAUUGCGUUAAAAAAGUGUUUAUAAAUUGAGCUAAUUUUGUGAAUGAAACGUGUCUCAGAAAUUUUAAGUUACUAGUGAGAUUGAAAAACGGUAAAAAUCAACAUGAUGAGUGAAAGAAGCAACGUCCUUAAUCCUUUACUUGUGCUGAUACUAGUGCCGGCGGUAUUCUGUACGGUACAGCCACCGACUUUCAAUCCAGAAAUGUUGACGCCAAUGCGAACCAUCGGCGACUGUCAAGCAUGUAGGGUAUUCAUAGAGUCAUUCAAAGAAGGCUUAGAGAGAACUUCUAGAGGUAAAUAUGAAGGAGGCGAUGCCGCUUGGGAGGAAGAAAAGCUAAAGAAAUCGUACAAACGUAGUGAGAUUCGUCUAGUCGACAUUCAAGAGGGACUAUGCAAGACUAGUAAGUUUUCGUUUCAAUGUCAUAGUAUGGCCGAAAAGGCUGAGGAAUUCAUAGAAGAAUGGUGGGCCCAAGACCCUGACGAAUCAACUGACCUGUACGCCUAUAUUUGUAUUGAUAAUUUAAAAGUUUGUUGCCCGGAACAUCAUUACGGAAAAGAGUGCACUCCCUGUCCUGGAGAUCAUUCCAAACCGUGUAAUGGAAAUGGAAAAUGUCGAGGUGAUGGCACUAGAAAAGGGAAUGGCACAUGCUCGUGCGACGCGGGCUAUGAAGGCCAGUUUUGUGACAAGUGUGCAGUAGAAUAUUAUCUGUCAUAUAAAGAUGAAAAUAAAAUGCUGUGUUCACCAUGCCACGUAUCAUGCUUGGGCGGUUGCAGACAAGGCACCCAGAAAGAUUGUGUAGCUUGUAAAACUGGCUUCUCGUUUGACACUGAUGAAGGCUGUUUGGACAUAAACGAGUGUGAUGAUGUGGAUCGGUGUACAAGAGAUCAGUUCUGUUUGAAUUCUAUCGGCUCAUUCAAAUGUGCUGACUGUGAUAGGGCAUGCAGUGGUUGCUACGGUGAUGGUCCAGAUAGCUGUAGGAAAUGUGCCAAAGGAUAUUCCAAAAAAGGAGAGUUUUGUAUUGAAGACAGAGAAGAUGAAGAUCAAUCUGAGAAAUUGACAACAACAAGGUAUCUGACCUACAUAGGUCUUAUCAUAGCAACGGGUAUCUUGCUGCCGAAGUCCACACCACUGGGCAGUAUCGUUGGCGCCAUGGUCUUAAUUUACAUUGUUGGUGCGGAGUACUACUGCAUGAUAAACGGUCAUACAGGCCUAGUGAACCUUAAAGAUUUUAAUCUCAUCCAGAUAUUCCAUACGUGAGGAAUUAAAUAAAAAAAGUGUAUCUACACUAGGCGUAAAGGGUUCUGCUUACCUUGGUAACAAGUUUUUUGUUGAGUGUUGUUUCCAAAACUGAAUUUAUUAUUAAACUAUGUGAUAUUUUCAAUGUUAUUUAUUUUGGAUAUUUAAUUGCAAUAUU